UUGAAACUGUAUCUGAUAAUUGAUUCUCCGCUCCAUGACCUGCUCCCACCGCACACCCAUGGCUUAGCCUUGAACGUUGGCCGCAUUCGCGAAAGACUUGAAUUUUCAACCGACUGGCAGGAUGCGUACGCCACAUAUCGCUCCGAUCCUGUGUCGGCCGAAUGAAAUCUACUCUACCUACGGUAGCACUAUAUAAGAACUAAGAGAAGGCGAGAACCCGUUUCAUUGCAAAAGGAAGAACCGGACGCACCGCGAUACUGCAUCGUAGCUUUCGUGUUUUGCAUGGAAUCCCGUUAGUGAUUAUCAUUUUGUGCCAAGGAUUACGUGUAUUAUUUGUAUUUCGAGAACACAAAUUAUUAAUUACCAAUCAGAGUGACGAAAAUGGAAAUUCUAAACUGGUUGAACCCGACUUUCAUACAAAAGGUACUGCGAAAAUCUGAACAAGAUGACUCAAUCGAAGUAUCUGACAUAAAUGUGAAACCCGGUACGUCGAAAGGGGACAAUUACCUGGGAGAUCUUCUUCGCGUGAAUGUCGAUUUUUUACGAAGCAAAAAACAUGAGAAAAUCGCAGAGACAACAUCCCUGAUUGUGAAAGUGGCCCCUCGUGGUGACUUUCGCGAGGAUUUGGUGAGGAGCGGUAAAUUGUACGAUACGGAAAUCUCGAUGCUGUCGAAUACUUUGCCUCGGAUGGAGAAUACUCACGUCGGAGUCGGCACGAUAUCGUUAGCUCCACGGUAUAUUUAUUCUCAGAUUGAAGUACCGAUUCACCUGAUAAUGGAGGACUUGAAGCUAAAAGGGUUACGGAUAGCUGAUCGGCAUGCGGGUCUUGAUCUGGAGCAUUGCUUGGUCGCAAUCCGGAAGCUUGCCGUUUUUCACGCUAGUUCGAUAGCUCUGCGAGAUAAGGAUCCACAAGCACUGAUGAGAUACGAGAGAGGAUUGUGCCACGAAAGUCAGCCAGCGUCGUUAGUUGCAUUCGUCAAUGGAUGUGCGGAAGCUCUCGGUAAACAAGUGGUGAAAUGGCCAGAAUUGAACCCACGGAUUCGGGAAAAACUUGUGAAAUUAUCGUCGGUUUUUUACGAAAAAGGAUCGGAAAGCACUCGAUUUGAACAGGACGAUUUCAACGUCCUUAAUCAUGGAGAUUUUUGGGUGAACAAUAUGAUGUUCCGAUACGACGAACGAAAAAAGCCCGUCGACGCGAUAUUCGUGGACUUCCAACUCAGCAAACACGGCUCACCGGCUAUAGAUCUGCUCUACUUUUUUGGCACGAGUCCCUCCGACGAUGUCAGAAUUCACCACCGCGAUUUACUCUUGCGAGAGUAUUACGCUUCGCUGACCGCCACCAUGGCUGAUCUAAAGUGUAGCACGGAAGCACCAGGCUUCGACAAGCUACAAGAGGCGCUACGAAAACGAGCUUUCUACGAAGUGAUUGCGUCCUUUGUUAUACUGCCGCUCGUCCUAGUUGAAGUUGAAGUACAGAAGGGCUUAGACGAAAUAAUAAAGCCGGAUGGGACGCACGAGAAUCCGGGAUUCGAGAGCAAGAUAUUCCGGAAGGUCAUGACGAGAGUUCUACCAUUGUUUGACAGCAUGGGAUUACUGGAUGUGUAGCCGCGCAUAAUUAUUACCGUGAAUCCGUUGCUAGUUUUUCACCGAUACAAUAUAUGGAAUGUUGAACUAUAUAACAGUAAUAGUGAUUAUCUGUAACCAAAUCGUCAUUUAUUUAUUUCAAUCGAUGAUUAUCUUUCCAUUAUUCACCAAUUUUCGGCAGUAUUUUAACAUAGAGGAGUAUUUAAAUUUCGAUUACAGUAGAAUGGGAAAAAGUAAUUUUGUGCUUCGACUGUAGAACAUUGUUUUAAGAAAAUAUACUUUGUAUCUGGUGGUUUCAA